AUGGAUGCACCUCCCGCAGCGCAUUUGACGCGCGAUGCGCGUGGCGAUUUGAAUCAGCGGCUGGCAAUCCGCGCGGGUCAUCCGGCAAGCUACGCGCGCUGCUCCAGCGGUGCACAACGCAGGCGACGGCACCGACAGACGGUUCGCCACCUCGGCUUCGGAUUGUCGGGAAUGAGCGGCAUCCGUGGUACAGCCGAGCGACGAGUGGAGAAGCGGAACCUCCGGAAACAGGGCUCUUUCAGCUAUCAUGCUUUGCAAAAUCGUCGAGCGAGCGAGCUCGGUUUCUGGUUACCUAGCAGUGCAGCAAAGACGCUAUUCGGCUCUCCGCUGUCUCGGCGAUGCUCUCUGGACACGCAUCAGGCACCUGUACGAUAUAACGACCGCUUCAGGAAUGAUGCGUGGCAACCAGAACUUAUCCAAGCACGCGGGGCAGGCGGAGCGGGGCUACCCACUUGCUCUGAGGCGCAGCGUGCUGCAACGCGUGAGCUGCAGCCUUCGGACACAGGUCGGUCAGGUGGCGACGCUGGUGCGAGUUCAGCCAAAGCGGGCGACAAGCACCGAACGAUAGAUGAAAAAGAGUCCAAAAAGCUGUCCAGAAAGGCAGCCGAUGACGCACUCGCGGCGCGCAACGUCUCCGAUGCAGCCUACGCCCGUAUUUGUGUUGCGGAGCUUCGCAGUGCACUGGAUGCGAUCCAGAAACGCUGCUUUUUCGCGCGGAAACCAGAGAGCGCACUCGGAACAGGAGCAACUGAGUUCUGUGCUCGCCUCGCAGCGCGGAUUGGAAUAUGCGUCAGCCAGCCAGACUGUCGAUGCCUUGAUGUUGGUGCUGUGAGUGCGGAAAGACCUGCCCAGCACGAGCACCAUUCGUCGCGAAACGAAAACGGUGGACGAACAGAAUGCGAGAACUGGGCGCUUCUGGUGCGGCGCUUUCACAGACUCAUCCGCGAGUGGCUCGCAAGGCGAGUCGAAACGGCGCCACUGUCUGCGCACACCGAAGACGGCGCCUGUGGACCAACUGACUCCAUGCAUCCAAGCCGUGGCUUGAUGCGGUUCCAGAGCGACGCCCUUACAGAUGCAUCGGAUCCAGACAAUGGUGAUGAGCAGGAAAACGCCACGACGCCUGGCUUGCAUCCGAUUUUCCAUGCCUCAUCGCUGUCCAGUAAAGCGGCAUUGUCGCAGCGAUCGAUGCCUGCGGAGCCCGAGAUCAUUCGGCACACUCUCGCCGUCGAAGCGGAUAUCCAAGAUCGUCGAAAGAGAAUACUCCAGGACGUAUACCGCGAGCGUGAAAGGUCCGCUGCUUUCCCGAACGAUGUGUUGCCCGCAUCCAGAUCAUCUUUACGUAAGGGUUCGCAGCAGGGUGCAUACGCAACUGCCGAGCAUGAGGAUGAGCUGAUCCACGCUCUGGAGUUUCUGAGAUCGUCCAUUAGCGAGAGGGAAGCUGAGCUCGAGAUGCUCACCAACGAGCAGAGUCAGCUGGAGGCGAUGCUCCAGGAGCUCCUCGCCAGCUGCGCCCCUGUUACGGCGGCAAGAGUGCGAGCCAACAUCGAUUCCAACGGAGUUUCGAAUUCAACAAGCGAGUCGCGACCUCGUCGCCCAGUGUCCAGCCCACAGACGAGCGUGCUGGACCCUGCUGACACGAUCGAAUCCAACGAUCGACGACGAGCGACGUGCUCCGCGGCUGCCGAACUGGAGCGCCAGGCUUGCGUACCGACGAGCAACACGCGCCAGGACGACAGCGACUGCCCUGAAUCCGCUGAUCGUAACAGAUUGCAUCCACGAUGUUUCAGCGAGCCCGGCCCUGAAGAGCUCGUGUCGCAACAUUUGGAACGCGAAAAGGCAGAACAGCGAGCUGCAAUGAUGUUGCAACUUCUAUUCGCUUCAUCGACCUCGCCGAGUAAGACCGUUCAUCGUCGACGACAUGUUGAAAUGGUGGCGAUCGAACUCGUUACUUCAAUGCUCGCAUUGAAGCCCUCUGGAGCGAUCCAGCUCUCGGGCGAUGACGACGAAAUGAUAGCCAUUGAGUUCCUCGAGAUGCACGGUCUCGUUCGUUCUCAGCGUUCGAAUCGAUGCCUCGCUUCGCCUACGGCAACUCCAGACGGCACCGCGAAAGAGUAUUUCUUUACCGAACCUGCGAGCAACGCGUAA